UUUGCAUUUUUUUUUCAAUCCAUCUCCUGACUUGUGCCUGCUGUGUUUGCUUCAGUUGCAGUACCAGGAAAGCUCUUUUCAUGCUGACCACAGCUCAUCACAGUUGAAAGUCAAAUGGCUUUUUGUGCCAUUGAGAAAGUGAUUGACCUGAUUGACCUUACAAGUCAUUUUUAGGAUGGUUUUUUUUUCAUCUCAGUGAUUCUGGUUUUUUUUUUUUUCUGACAUGGUGUUAUAUCUUUCACUUGGAUGUUAUACAGCUGGAUAAAACGAAAACUGUCCGUCUUCAUUUCAGGUUGCGAAGCAACAAAAUGCGAUUAUUUUAAAGAGGGUGAUUCUUUUCUAUACCCACUGUAUAUUUCUAUGAGAGAUGCCUGGAAAACAACACAACUUCCCAAAUUCAUUUAAAUGAUGUUCAAUGAAGGUUUUGUUCUUGAAGGCCAUUUUAAUAUUUGGAAUUGUUAUUUCUGUAUUUCUAAGAAUUUCUCAGGCUACGUUGUUGCCAGACAGCAUAGAGUAAAAAUAGCAUUCAUAGCAGUGAAACCGUUACUAAGAAUGAGGAUGUUAAAAUAUGUUGUUGUCUACAGUUAUGAUGUCUGACAUCACAUGCUCAUCAUAUGCGUGCUAUACUCUAAGGCAUUUGUACAGUUUGCGAUUUAAGUACUGACAGAGGAAAGAGAGGGAGGGGUAAGCUAAAUAAACACAACUACUGAUCUCUAUUUAUCUCUUUCAACUAACGUGGUCUCUCAGGGGAGGCCUCAGAUGCAAAUGUGUGUGUGUCUGCAGUAGAUGGGCUGACUGUAUGUCAUCAAAUAUAUUUGAGUGAGAGAAAAAAUAUAUUUAAGUAUGCUGAGGUCACACAAAAUUAGCACCCAGUAUGAUGCCUUUCUGGACCUUUCUGGUUUUCUUCUGGACUAUAACUAAACUCCGAGUAGAGAACUGGGGAGACUGACUGCAGUGAAUAUAGGAUGGGUUGUGCUAGUAGUGACCAGAAACAUCACAAAGACUCUAAAGAGCAUGACCAUAAUAAUUCAGCAAACUCUAACACAUCUCAUUUGAAAAGAGAUCACAGGAAGCAAAACAAUCAAGAUGAAGACAUUGUUAUUGCUCAAUAUGACUUCCAGCCUGCUAGUGACAGUGAUCUUCAGUUCAAAAAAGGUGACAGACUCAAGAUUAUUAAUGACAAUGGUGAAUGGUGGUUGGCGAAGUCCUUGAUCACUGGUUAUGAGGGAUAUAUUCCGUCUGCGUAUGUGGCAAGAGUAUACACACUGGAGGUGGAGAGAUGGUUUUUCAAGGAUUUGAGUCGCAGGGACACAGAGCGUCUUCUGCUGGCACCAGGAAACAAACCUGGCUCAUUUCUUGUGAGAGAAAGUGAAACAACCAAAGGUGCUUUCUCUCUGUCUAUAAGAGACUCCACCCCAGAGCAAUGUGAUGUAGUCAAGCAUUAUAAGAUCCGAGCCCUUGAUAAUGGUGGUUACUACAUCUCUCCCUCCACAACAUUUCCUUCUCUUCAAGAACUAAUAAAGUAUUACUCCAGGACAGAUGAUGGUUUGUGUCAGAAGCUAGGAAGUCCCUGUAAAACUGGUUCCCCUCAGAGACCCUGGGCUCAAGAUGAGUGGGAGAUUCCCAGAGAGACUCUGAAGAUGGUGAAAAAACUUGGUGCUGGCCAGUUUGGAGAAGUAUGGAUGGGUAAGAAGCAGAAGAAAAUUUAGUCGCGCAAUGUUGCC